AUGCGCACAACAGACCGGCUGGCCAGCGGGCCUGGGCUGCGCGGCAACUUUGGCCACAUAAUUCCAGCCUCGGCGACCCUGCCGUCCAUCGAGGUGUUUGUGAACAGCAUCACCGCCUCGCUCCACAUCAAAGCCGCAGUGCUCGUAACAGCGCUUGUAUACGUCGAGCGGCUCGGCCACCGGCUGCCAAAGAGCGCCCAGGGCACGGCUGACACCCCAUACCGCAUUUUCCUGGCUGCGCUAGUGCUGGCCGACAAGUACUGGUCAGACUACGCAGUCAAGGCAAAGAGCCUGGUCAAGGCGGCUGGCGGGCUGUUCCAGCUCAGCGAGAUCUGCGCCAUGGAGCGCGCAGUGCUGAAGAUCCUCGGGUUCAGACUGUAUGUGUCGACCGAGGAGCUGCGCCAGUACGCCGACAAGCUGUCUAUCGAUCUCGACCAGGCCUGA